GAACUCUUCCCCCGUGGACCAGUUCCCCCCACGAAGCUCUCCUCGUCGUCGUCCUGAGCUUCAACGAAAAAAGCCAUGAACAGUGAACCACCGAUGGAGAUCGACGAUUCAGAUAACAUUCUCGAUCUCACCAGCUGCCAGCUCCACAAUCUCGACUCCAUCGAAUUACCUCCGACGUUAACCGAGCUAGACCUUACGGCGAACCGUUUAUCCGAAUUGGACUCGAGGAUCGCUCACCUCUCCACGCUCAAGAAGCUCUCCCUUCGCCAAAACCUAAUCGAAGACUCCGCCGUCGAGCCUCUCUCUCGCUGGGACGCCUUAUCCGAUCUCGAGGAGUUGAUUCUGAGAGAUAACAAGCUAGCAAGAGUACCGGAUAUAAGCAUAUUCUCGAAGCUUUUGGUUUUUGAUGUAUCGUUCAAUGAAAUCACUUCGUUGGAAGGAUUGUCAAAGGCAUCUAGCACGUUGAAGGAGCUAUAUGUGUCUAAGAAUGAAGUUAACAAGAUUGUGGAGAUUGAACAUUUGCAGGAGUUGCAGAUUCUUGAGCUUGGGUCUAAUAGAUUGCGGGUAAUGGAGAAUAUGGAGAACUUGACAAAGUUAGAAGAACUGUGGCUUGGAAGAAACCGUAUCAAAGUUGUGAACUUGUGUGGGCUCAACUGUAUUAAAAAGAUUAGCGUGCAGAGUAAUCGAUUGACCUCUAUGAAAGGAUUUGAGGACUGUGUUGCUCUUGAAGAGUUAUAUCUGAGCCAUAAUGGUAUCUCAAAAAUUGAAGGCUUGAAUACGUUGGUUAACCUACGGGUAUUGGACGUGUCGAACAACAAGCUCACAUCGGUUGAUGACAUUCAGAAUCUCACAAAGCUGGAAGAUUUAUGGCUUAAUGACAACCAGAUAGAAUCGCUUGAAGCAAUCACAGAAGCUGUUACAGGCUCUAAAGAUAAGCUUACCACUAUCUACCUCGAAAAUAACCCUUGUGCCAAGUCUUCUGAUUACGUUGCUGUGCUCAGACAAAUCUUCCCAAACGUGGAGCAAAUAGACUCUAACUUAUUUGCUUAAGAAGUUGGAUAAUUCUUGUGUGCUCGUUUUUAGAGAGCAUGAUUCCUCAUGGUUUAGACUUCAGAGCAUGGGCAUUGACUCGAAGAAAUCAGGUGAAACACAUACAUCUUCUGUUUAACAUAAAAAGUGCAAAACACAUAAAUCAAAGCGAUAUUUUUAUCAAUAGGUUCUCCUGAUCUCUUGCUAGCAAAAUCAUAACUUGUUUUUGGUAUGUAAGCUGUAAUAUUUGGACUUUGUCUGUAAAAGCUAAUCCCGAGUCUGAGGUUGUCUUUGUUUCGACCAACAGUAACUUGGAUACUUUGACUUUAUUCGUAUCUUUUUUGUUUCCUC